GACUGAUGUGCACGGAUUGCUGGAUGGAUGGAUGGAUGGACGUGUCUGUGUGUUGAAGACAUCUCUCGUCAGUGAUAAGAGCCAAGCCGAGACGACAAACCUUGUAGGAAAUCAAGGCAAACAAAGACUUGGUACUCAUAUACACCGCCACGCGUCAGCCAGCCAGACAGGCAUGCACGCAGCAUGGAUACAUACGCAUGCCAGCCAAGUCGUCACUCUGGACGAAAGAUCGACUGAUCCGGAAAUGAAACGGACACGUAUCCAAGCAGAAGCUAUCUACAUACAAGAAUCUCCCUCUCUGCCUGCUCGACCAUCGUCUCCCGCCAGUCAAUCGCAUCUGCCUUGGCCUUCUCACUGUCACCCCCAUAUGCAGACACAGAAAAGUAGUGGCACUGCGGCUUGGCAGCCGCAUCAUACCAGCUGGCCGCCCAUGCCUUCCUCUUCUUGUUCCAGCUCACACCGAUGUGGCCGCUCUGGAUCUCGGCCGGCUGUCGGACGCUCGCCGCCCCGCUCGCCUCCUUCUCCUUGCGAAACGCCACGGCCUUCUCGUAGGCCUCCUCGAUGCUGCCGUUGGUGCUGAUAGCGAAGCUCUUCUUACGCUGCUUUCUGCCCACGCCCCAGGCCGCCAUCCACCUGUUGUGGCGCUCGUCGAAGUGGACGCCUUUAACCUUCUUGCCACGCAGCUGGUCGAUAAGCUUCUUGUCCUGGCGGUUGAGCGUGAUGGCGGCCUAAAUGAACGAGACGGAGAUACACACAAAAGACCGUGAUCGAAAAGGGCCACACAUUCCAUUCUUGGAUUCGUGUACCUUUCGCUGAGUCGGCCAUUUCUCUUCCAUGUCCUUGCGCCGCCGAAUGGCCUCCCGCUUCGCGCCGUUCUCGCCCAACAUGGCGACCGAGAAGUGCUCCUUCUUUCUCUUGCCAUUUUCGUACCACGACGCGACCCAAUAGCUAUGCGUGACGUCUUUCGUGAUGACAUUGCGAUACACUUUGCGAUGCAGUCCCGCGGUGCUGCUGUUGUUGGGGCUCUUGGUGGGGUGACUGGCCUUGUCGUUGUUCUUGUCAUUCUGUCGCUUGCUGGCCGCCUUGGGCCGCCUGCACAAACGAAACAGACACGCGUCCUCUAUACACAAGGAUCGCCCAGCCUGACUCACAGUGAGUGAGCAUCCCUUCUUACUUGUCCCGUUGGCGUGGCGACAUCUGCCUGUCCUGCUUCUCUCUUUUGGUCUCCUCAACCAUCCUCUCCCGCCAGCGAAUCGCAGCUGCCAUUGCCUCUCUGUCACCCCCAUGCGUGGACAGAGAGAAGUGGCAGUGCUUUUGCUCGCCAGACGCGUCAGUCCAGCGGGCCACCCAUCUCUUGCCCGCCUUGUCCCAGAUCACACCCCUGUGGCCGCUCUGCCUCUCGGCUGGCUGCUGGAGGCUCGCCGCACCGCUCGCCUCAGCCUCCCUGCGGCACGCGACGGCCUUGUCGUAGGCCUCCUCGAUGCCGCCGUGCUUGUUGAUGGCGAAGUACUUGCCAUGCUGUGUCCCGCCCUUGGACCAGUACGCGACCCACCUGUUACAAUGGCGCUCGUCAAAGCGGACGCCCUUGACAUCCUUCUCGAGCAGCUGGGCGAUGAGCUUGCGACUAUCGUCAUCGAUAAUGAUAGCAGUCUGAACAAGGGUGAGAAGAAAUCACAUCGAUGCCAUUUAUGCACAAAGACGCACCUUUCUCUGAUUCGGCCAUUUCUCCUCCAUGUCUUCCCGCCGCUUGAUGGCCGCCCGUUUCGCGCCCUCCUCGCCCAACCUGGCCGCCGGGAAGCUCUCCGUUUUCUGCUUGCCGUUCUCGUACCAGGACGCAACCCAACGGCCUCUCGUGCUGUCGCGACGCACGCCGGUGAUCUCGCUCUUCUCGUAGCUCCUGGUUGGGAGGGCGGCCUUCUCGUUGUUCUCGUCGCUCUGUCGCCUGUUGGCCGUCUCGGCCCGUUCGCGAAGGUCGCCAGUCCCUGACACACAAACAGCAAACACAGCCGGGUGACGUGCGGCGGCGCUCUGAAUGUAUGCAGGUGUUAUGUGUACCAGAUGGGGCGGGCACCCGCACUGCCGUCGGCUCUUUGGACGCCGAGCCCUUGCCGAGGCCGUCACCACGUCCACGACGCGACACCACAUUGUCGGCAUCAUCGUCCUCACUAUCGUCUGCAACAGGGGAUCGCACCAGAUAUGUGCUUGGCCCCAUCUCUCUCUCUCUCUCUGUGUGUGUGUGUGUGUGUGUGUGCGUCGCUGACCGUCGGGCGGCUCGUAGUCCUCGGCCUCGCCACCGUCGCUGCUGCUGCCGUCGCUCGGGUCACUCUCGUCGUCCGGGGGCUCACUACCAGUGCCCACACGACCACCAGCACGAUCUGCACCACCCAGGCAACACUCAUGCGUGCCAAGCUGGGGUGUGCCCACGUGUCUGUGUGUGUGUGUGUGUGUGUGCGUAGGCAUACAUACCGUUGAGCGCCAACCACCUGUUUUUGUUGCCCUCGGUGGAGGUCACGCCCUUCACCUUAUUGGUGAGCAGCUGGCUGAUGAGCUGCCGACCCUCCAGGCCGGCUUGGUCAGGAAUUGAGGGAGGCUGAAGAGGGACAGACACAGACGGAAGCCAUAAUGAGGGAAGGAGAUCCACAUGCACAUCCCAUUCACAGACAUGCGCGUACCUUUCGCCGACGCAACCAGAUCUUCUCCCUUCUGACGAUGAGGGCAUUCUGCAGGCAGCAAAAUGCCAGCAGCACGUCUGAUCUGGCGUCGAUGGGCAGCAUGAGGAAGCAACAGGCACAUCCCAAGACAAGCAAUUCGCCCCUCUCCACCAUUUCCCUUCCGCCGCUCGACGGCUGCCUGCCUUGGCCACCGCAAGUACAGCUCCCUUUUCUUGCCGCACACGAGAGGGGCUUUCCAAA